UCCUUCGAACGUCUCGUACUGUUGAGAAAUACAGGAGGAGAAGGAGCUGUCAAACGUACAAGUAAAGAUAAGUCCUUCAGUUGACGCCACCUCACAGUUUUAAUGUAAAGUUAGUUGGAUUGUAUGCAUAAUUAGUAUGGACUGACAUGUUUUCAUACAUUCGGUGGGGAAGAAUGAAGACGAGUUUAACAAAUACCAUGGCUACACUGUUUCAAAUCUGGAUCAUUUUCACCUCUUUGGUCUCCUAUGCGUUGCCGGAAAAGAAAGGGGGCCUUUGUGAUUAUGCUUCCAUUGAAUCUGGGGAUCUGGAUGGAAACCUGAGGCAGUGCACUGCACCCGCAAGGAGCCGAUACUGCACCCGCAAGGAGCCGAUACUGCACCCACAAGGAGCUGAUACUGCACCCGCAAGGAGCUGAUACUGCACCCGCAAGGAGCUGAUACUGCACCCGCAAGGAGCUGAUACUGCACCCGCAAGGAGCUGAUACUGCACCCGCAAGGAGCUGAUACUGCACCCGCAAGGAGCUGAUACUGCACCCGAAAGGAGCUGAUACUAAGGACAUUAGUUUGGCAGUGAUUUGUAAUGAAGAGAGGAAGACGAUGGUGGUUGGGUUAUACAAAAUGCCUUGCUGGGAUUCUUUCUUCAUGGAGGAAUAUAAACAAGAGUAUCAAUUCACAUUGCCACUCCCCUUUAAUGAUGAGUAAAACUUAACUAAUAUAAUUAUCAGACUCUGGCUGCAGUGUAAUUGAAUUGCAGGUAGUAAAUGAGGGGAAGGGAACAAGGUUGUUGGAUCAUUUCUAUUGUCCCCAGUAGAAUGGGCUUUCAAUCAUCAUGACCUUUAAUGAAGAUAGGUUAUAGAUACAUUAGUACAAAUCAGUUGGCAGAAUAUGAAUAUUGUUUACAGUUUGCUUUGGUAAAAUGAGAGCAAUUAUUGAUACAAAAUUAAACGUGGACAAAUCCCUCACCCUGACAGGCAUACAGAGGUUCCCUGCAAACACACUAGUAACUGCUUUUAAUGACAAUGUGAUAUAUACGCUAACUUUUGGAGAUGAAGUAGGGACCUCAUUCAAUUUCCUGCAGCUUAAAGAUCUGAUGCCUCCAGAAACAGAAACCUGUUCUCACACCCUUGAGUUCUAACACUUGUCCAGUGAGCAAACAUCAAAAGCCACAUUUCUGACUGCACAUUGUAAGAAGCUCAGGUGACUAAUUACCAGGUGUGUGUGUGUGUGUGUGUGUGUGUGUGUGUGUGUGUGUGUGUGUGUGUGUGUGUGUGUGCAGGCAUGCACCCGCAUUCAUUGCAAUACAGGGCGCUCCAGGGAAUGUUCUGUACACCUGGGUCUAUGAAACAGGGUGUUUACCUACCUCAUUAUAUCUCUCUCUCUCACACACACACAUACACACACACACACACACACACACGCAAACAAAAAGGUAGAGGUUGUGGAGACUUGCCAGAGCCGCCACACCCUGUAUGCUUCUCCUUGGCUUCUGUACAUACUUAGUGACACCACCACAGCUGGGAGAGAGGAAGUGAAGCAAUCACUGAAGCGUUUUAACAAUCUCACAAACUCUCCUCACGCGUCCCAUUGACUUACUCAUCAACCACUCCAGGGGCACCUUAUGUAGAGUGACAGUACUGUCGUUCUUGAUGACAGCAGGUGUGACUGAAGACAUGGACUAUCAGUGUGCCAGGGCGUCACUAACCGGUUCAGCCUGCUUGGGUCAAAAGAGGACCACUACCUGAACAUGGUCAAGACCUACAGCAACUGCACCGUGGUCCUGGAGAACCUGGAGGUCACAUACAUGGAGGACGACCAUGAUCUGUCUUUCCUCAGGUCCAUCCAGGAGGUGGGUGGCUACGUUCUGAUCGCCCUCAACACAGCCAACAGGAUUCCCCUGGACAACCUGCGCAUCAUCCGAGGCCACACUCUCUAUGACAGUGGCUUUGCCCUGGCUGUGGUGCUGAACUAUAACAAGUCCAUGCGAGCAGGCACCACUGAGCUGCCUCUGACCAGCCUCACAGAGAUCCUGAAAGGAGGAGUGAAGUUCUCAGACAACCAGCUGUGUAACGUGGAGACCAUCCAGUGGUUGGACAUUGUAAACAGUAACAGCAAACCCAACAUGCAGUUACCUGAACCCAGCAACAAUCGGCUCUGUAAAAGAUGUGAUCCUGGAUGCUUCAAUGGUUCCUGUUGGGCGCCCGGCCCAGAACACUGCCAGACGUUGACGAAGCUGAACUGUGCCCAGCAGUGCUCUAAGAGGUGUAAGGGUCCGUCCCCCAUCGACUGCUGCAACGAACACUGUGCUGCAGGCUGCACUGGACCCAGACCUACAGACUGUCUGGCCUGCCGUGACUUUCAGGAUGAUGGGAUGUGUAAAGACUCGUGUCCCCGCCUCCUGCUCUACGACCGCAACCUUCACCAAUUGGUCAACAACCCAGACGGGAAGUACAACUUUGGGGCCACCUGCGUCAAGACUUGUCCUCAUAACUAUGUGGUGACGGACCAUGGAGCGUGCGUUCGGACAUGCAGUGGUGACACAUACGAGGUGGACGAGGGAGGGGUCAGGAAGUGCAAGAAGUGUGAUGGACUGUGCCCCAAAGUUUGCAAUGGACUUGGAAUGGGAAAACUUGCCAAUAUUCUGUCAAUUAAUGCCACCAACAUUGACACAUUUAAAAACUGUACCAAAAUCAAUGGGAACAUUGCUAUUAUCUACACAUCUAUCCAUGGGGACACGUUCACCAAAGCACCUAAGAUGGAUCCGGCCAGGCUAGAAGUUUUCAAGACAGUUAGAGAAAUUACCGGGUACUUGCUGAUUCAGAACUGGCCUGAGAACAUGACGUCCCUCAGUCCAUUUGAGAACCUGGAGAUCAUCCGUGGACGGACCAAGCGUGUUCUGUUGAGCUUGGCCAUAACCCAGUUAACCAUCACCCACCUGGGGCUGCGUAACCUGAAGGAGAUCAGUGACGGAGACGUGGUCAUUGCAAAAAACCCCAACCUCUGCUACACCAAGAAUCACCACUGGAAGCAGUUGUUCAAGUCCGACACUCAGACCGCCCGGCUGGAGAACAACGCCGACGCAGCCGACUGCGGGAUGCAGAACAGCACGUGUGACAGGAUGUGUACCAGAGAUGGCUGCUGGGGUCCUGGACCCACCAUGUGUUUCGCCUGUCAGGACUACAGCCGAGCAGGAAGCUGUGUCGACUCCUGCAACCUACUGGAGGGGGAGCCACGGGAGACUGAAGUGAAUAAGACGUGUGUGGAGUGUCACCUUGAGUGUCAGCUCCUCAACGGGACCAAGACCUGCUCUGGACCAGGUCAUGAGCAGUGUACCCGGUGUGCCAACUUCAAAGAUGGAGACAACUGUGUCCCAUGGUGCCCUAGAGGGGUGGCUGGGGGCAAGAACACCUUCAUCUGGAAAUACGCAGAUAAGAUGAAGGUGUGCCAGCUGUGCCACCAGAACUGUACCGAGGGAUGUACUGGUCCUGGUCUGAAAGGCUGUCAGUCUAAAGGUAACUCUGGGCUGUCAGUGAUUGCAGCUGGUGUGGUGGGCGGGAUGCUGGCCUUUCUCAUCAUGGGCCUGUCCGUCUUCGUGUUGCUAAGACGACGCCACAUCAAGAAGAAGAGGACCCUGCGAAGACUCCUCCAGGAGAGAGAGUUAGUUGAACCGCUGACCCCCAGUGGGGAGGCGCCCAACCAGGCUCUGCUCCGUAUCCUGAAGGAGACAGAGUUUAAGAAGAUCAAAGUUUUGGGAUCAGGGGCCUUCGGCACUGUCUACAAGGGUCUGUGGGUCCCUGAAGGAGAGGAUGUGAAGAUCUCUGUGGCCAUCAAGGUUUUAAGAGAGGCCACAUCACCUAAAGCCAACAAGGAGAUAUUGGACGAGGCCUAUGUGAUGGCCGGUGUGGACCACCCCCAUGUUUGUCGUCUGCUGGGCAUCUGCCUGACCUCUACAGUCCAGCUGGUCACCCAGCUCAUGCCCUAUGGCUGUCUGCUGGACUAUGUCAAGGAGAACAAGGACAACAUCGGGUCCCAGUACCUUCUCAACUGGUGUGUACAGAUAGCCAAGGGGAUGAGCUACCUGGAGGAGCAUCACCUGGUGCAUCGUGACCUGGCAGCGAGGAACGUCCUGGUGAAGACCCCUCAGCAUGUCAAGAUCACUGACUUCGGCCUGGCCAAACUCCUCAACUCUGACGAGAAGGAGUACCACGCAGACGGAGGAAAGGUACCAAUCAAAUGGAUGGCACUGGAGUCCAUCCUCUACCGGACAUAUACACAUCAAAGUGACGUGUGGAGCUAUGGUGUGACCGCGUGGGAGCUAAUGACGUUUGGGACCAAGCCCUAUGACGGCAUCCCAGCCAGUGAGGUAGCAGGGGUGCUGGAGAAAGGCGAGCGGCUCCCCCAGCCUCCCAUCUGUACCAUAGACGUCUACAUGAUCAUGGUCAAAUGUUGGAUGAUCGACGCAGACAGCAGGCCUCGUUUCCGGGAGCUGAUAGCAGAGUUUUCCAAGAUGGCGCGGGAUCCCCCACGUUACCUUGUCAUCCAGGGUGACGACCGGAUGCACCUCCCCAGCCCCACUGACACCAAGUUCUACCACAGUCUGAUCAGUGGAGAGGACAUGGAAGAUGCUGUGGACGCAGACGAGUACCUAGUGCCUCAGCACGGCUUCUUCAGUAGCUCCAGUACCUCCCGCACACAGCUCCUACACUCUACGAGCCAGAACAGCACGUUGAACAGCAGCAUUGGAAUGUGCCACAGCAGAAAUGGGAACGGGUUCCCAGUCAGAGAAGGAAGCAUGGUUCUCCGGUACAUUGCUGACCCCACAGAUAGGUUCUUGGACCACGCCUUCCAGCCAUCUCCAGACUACAUUAACCAGAACGGAGUUUCGGACAUGAUGAACCCUGUAUACCAGCACCCUGGUCCCCCUCGCACCCUCCUCCCCACCAUAUCCUCAGACGACGCAGAGGCAGAGUACCUGAACUGCUAUAAGAACGGGGCAGUGGGGCCUGAGUACCUCAACACCCUCCAGCCUUCCCUCCUCUCCCCCACCACCUCCAAUGGCAUCUCCAAUGGCCUCAACCCCACUGCUAACGGCCAUUCCCCCAUAUCCAAUGGUCUCCUCUCCCCCACCUCCAAUGGCCUCUCCCCAAUUUCCAAUGGUGGUCUCCACCACGUCCAGAAAAACCAGCCCCAAAACAGUAUAGAUAACCCAGACUACCAGCAGGACUUCACCCCCUCCAUCAAGACCCACAUCCCAGCCGCAGAGUACGUGGGCCCAAACUGAGUUCUUUUACCCCCCUACUCCCACUGUGGAGGGAACAAGACACCAGGGAAUAAGGCUCUCUAUCCUACUGAGAGAAGACAUGAGGUCUUGGUUGAGGAGGGGUAGCGGUACCAUGGAUUGUAUUGUACUUUGCAUUGUAUUUAUCCCUGCCUAAAGAAGCCAGAAGUGAGAUAAGUGCAGCUUUCCAUUUUGUUUCACCAGUUGUAGUAUUGUAUAGUACUAUGAAACUCCUCAUUCCAAAACCUCUUCCAUUUCAAACUGUGUCUGAACAGAUAGAGAUGUGAUAGGAAUUAGGCUCUGGGUCUGGGGGUAUUCCACUCCAUUGUGUUCAAAAGACCAAGAGAAAACCUUAGGCCUAUAAGAUACUGUAGCCCCUAACAGAAACCCAUAAGAGACAUCAUGUUGCACAAUGAAAAGUUGUGAUCAGAAUGUAUAAGUGGAGAAACACUAUUACUAGACAAGAGUGUAACCUUCAAUCCUUGAUGUCAGAUGCUCCAGAAAUACUAUUAUAUGUGGCAGCUCACCCUUUUCUUGCCAACACAAACAGUACUUAAAGAUGUCACUCAUACUGGAUUGGUGUAUUGAGUAUAUAGUAUUAUUGGGUAUUUACCUUCCACGGCUUAAGGGCUUGAAACUGUUAGAACAACAGUUAAAUGUCUCGGCUCUUCUGUGUGUGGAACCUGCAGUUUGAGACCCACUGGAGUCAAAUGUUGCUGAACGUUGUUGGUGUCAGAAGUGGGAAGGAGGAGGCUCUCAUCACUGAUGGUGGCUGGACCAUGGAGUUCAUUGAUGAACUUCUGAAUCAUGACGGCACUCUUUCUGAAGGAGGGUUUCAUGAGGACACAACAAUGUCAAAUGUUGCUGUUGAUGACUCUGCUGAAGGCUCUAUAGCAGGGAUAUUCAAAUCGUACACUAUGAGGUCAGGAACCUGCUGGUUUUCUGUUCUACCUGAUAAUUCAUUGCAUCCACCUGGUGUCCCUGGUCUAAAUCAGUCUCUGAUUAGAGGGGAAUAAUGACAAAUUGCAGUGAAACUGGCUUUGAGGUCCAGAUUUUAAUUUGAGGGCUCUAUAGCCUUUAUUAUAUGGCCAGAUGGGAGACACACUGACCCCUGUUGGUGUGAUGUACCCAGAGGUACAUAUACAGAUCAUUUGUAUUUUACUAGGACAAAUCCUUAUUUACAAUGACAGCCUACCCCGGCCAAACCCUAACAGCACUGAGCGCCGCCCUAUGGGACUCCCGAUCACAGCUGGUUGUGAUAUAGCCUGCAAUCAGGUCUAUAAUGACGCCUCUAAAAUUGAGAUGCUGUACCUUAGACCGCUGCGCCAAUCCGGAGCCCCAAGAUAAGUGUGAGAUUAUACGUGUAUAAUAUGGUCACCUAUAAAUGAUCCUAUCAACAUUCCUCAUCUAAAUGGUCUUGUCCCUUUAUAUAUAAAUAUACACUUAUUAAUGAACUAAUUAUUUCAUUUCAAAGUGAAAAUGAUUUUUUUUUUGUUUUCUUUAAAGACAUUUACACUGUUCAACAGCAAAUCUGAGUGUGUUUUUCAACCUGUUUUAUUAAGAUGAACAUAAGAUUAAAGGAUCUCUUGUUAAAAAACUA